AUUUUAAAUAACCUGUGAUAUUGACAGUGGUGCUAGGUGGCUCGUCUUAAAAGUGUGUCUAGAACCUUCUUUGAUGAAAUCGGUUUUUAACAGAGGGUUUUUGAAUUAAAAAGAAAGAAAGAAAAACAGAGUUCGUUCUGACGUCAUGGGAAGUUCUGGUGACCCACCUCUCAUUUAACUGUUACACCAAGUCACAGUUUGAGUUUUCCCUGGGGAACGUCCCGCGUACACAGUCUCUCUUUGUGAAACAUACACUCUCCCUAUCAGGACAAAAAUGUCAGAGGUUUGAGUGGUUUAGCGCCAAGUCAUGUGUGUUUUUUGGCAGAGUAGAGGGUAAUGAGUUGAGUGAGCUGGGGUAGGUUUGGAGCUCCACCCACAGACCUGCAGAGAAACUAGCUGGAGAAAAAGAGAAGUUUUGUGGAGCAGAGAUGUUACGCUGUCGUGUGACUCUACUGGACGACACUCAAGCUGAGUGGGAGCUUGAGAAAAAUGCUGUCGGCCAGGAUCUGUUUGACAGGGUGUGCGAUCGUCUCAACUUGUUGGAGAGAGACUAUUUUGGCCUGGCCAUGUGGGAAUCCCCCAGCGCCAAGGCAUGGCUUGACGGUGCGAAACAGAUCCAUAAACAAACACAAGCUUCAGUUGCAGCGUUCACAUUUAAUGUGAAAUUUUAUCCUCCUGAUCCCGAUCAAUUGGCAGAAGACCUCACCAGAUACUUGCUGUGCCUGCAGCUGCGGAGGGACAUUGUGAAUGGUCGACUGUCCUGUCCAUCAGAAACUUUAGCAAUCCUGGGGUCAUACACUGUCCAGUCAGAGUUCGGUGACUAUGACCCUGAGCUCCAUGACAACAAUUAUCUCAACAAUAUCUGCCUGGCGCCAAGUCACACUCAAGAGCUCGAGGAGAAAGUCAUGAAACUCCACCGCACUUACAGGUCUAUGAGUCCUGCUCAAGCAGACAUACUCUUCCUGCAGUCAGCCAAAGAUCUCCCCCUCUAUGGAGUGGACCUGCAUCCAGCAAUGGAUGAGAAUGGUACAGAUGUGUUUGUUGGGUUGUGUCAUGAAGGACUGAUGGUUUAUACAGACGACACUAUAACAAACCGAAUCCCUUGGCCUCGCAUUGUCAAGAUCUCUUACAAACGCAAAAUCUUUCACCUAAGGAUCCGCCCGUCAGAGGAAGACUCUGAAACUGCUUUGGUUUUCACUCUGUCCAGUCACCGCGCCUGUAAACGCCUGUGGAAAACGUGUGGGGAACAUCACAGCUUCUUCAGGAACCGUCGCCAAGGAGACACAUCAGAGGGGUGCCUGAAUCUGAGUUCUAAGUUACGUUACCGUGGACGCACUCAUGACGAGUGCUUAGAAGCCAGUAGCAAUAUCAGCCGGUCUGCUCCCACUUUCACGCGCUCCGCCCUCGUCAGAGCAGCAAGAAGAAAAAUCCUCCCAGCUCUAAAUGUCAGAAGUCAAACUGAGCUUGAUGAUUGGUUCCAGAUAUUAAGCCCUGCCCAAUCAAAGGCCACAUCUGUCUCAGAUGAUGGCAAAGUAGAAGAAAUUGUCCUUCAGCCCUGGAAGAAGGUAGACAAUUGGUACAUGCUUUUGGAUAACGGCCAAUCUGGAUCUUACGUGACAUUCUUGGACACCCCACCCUUUUCUCCUCCAGGUAUUGUCAAGGAAAAACAAUGGAAAGAGAAAAUUACAGAGAGAACAACACAGGAGGUGAAAGUUGUAGAAAAAACACUCCAAGGCAUGGAAGUAAUAGAAGCAGAGUUUUUGGAGAAGCCAGAAGAUGGAGUGAUUAUAAAGAGAAGACUACAGAAAGUAGAGGUUACAGGGAGACCACAAGGAAAGGAGGUUCUAGAGGAGAAGCUGAGACGAAUGGAAAUUUCACAGGUUUUGCCAGAAAAGGAGGCCGUGGAAAAACUGCAGGAGUUAAUCGGAGAGACGAAGAAGGAGACGGAGGGUGUGGAGAUACAGCUCCAGGAAUUUGACGUCACCAGAGAAGUUCAGCAUGUAGAGAUUCGUCGAAAAGUCGAGAUUGUGGAAACAAGAAUACACGGCGUGGAAGCCACAGAAGAACCAAUGAGGGUGAAGGUUUUUGAAGAGAGACAAGAGCAGAUAGAGGUUCUAGAAGCGCCGUCAGACACCGACUAUGAAGAAAGCCUACAGAAAUUUGAAGUAAAUGAAGUUGAGACUACACAACAAGUUCCUCAGGAGCUUGAAAAUGCAGGCGAAAGGUUAGAGGAUAUAGAAAUUCGUGAAGUGAGAGUGUUGCAGGAAGAAAAGUCGGAGCAGAGACCGCAAAACAUGGAUCAACAGCAAGAGUGGGAGGAGGUAACACUACAAAAGGGUGAAGACGAUUGGUUCAUUCUUCUGGGGCAGAGCCCAUGUGUGCCUCCUGCUGCAGUGGUAGAGGAGGAGAGGAGUCUACAGCCUUGGGAGAAGGCACAAGAUGACUGGUUUGUGUUGCUGGAUGUUCCUCUCAGAGAAUCAGUUUCACCUCCAGCUGCUUCAGAAGAACAAAAAGAAGAGGAAGAGAUUUAUGAAGAAAAACGACUGGAAGUGGUGGAUUCAGAGGAAACCUCACAGGUACAAGAGUUUGUGGAAAUAAAACGAAAAGUUCCACAGGUACAAGAGUUUGUGGAAAUAAAACGAAAAGUUAGGAUCACAACAACAAGAGUAGAUGGAGCAGAGAUUCCAGAAGGCCCAGAGGAAGUGCAGCGGGUGGAGGAAAGACUACAGCAGCUGGAGGUUUCAGAAAUAUCUUCAGAAGUGGAGGGAGAAGGAGUAGUUAAGAGGGUGAAAGUUGAAGAGACAUGGAAGGAGGUGAAGGUUGAAGAGGAGAAACAAGAGGUGAUAUUCGAAGAAAGGAUUCAGGAGAAGGAAGAAUUGGAAACUGUAGAAAAAAGGCUACAGCUUGUUGAAACUAUUGAACAAAGGCUACAAGACGUUGUUGCAUUGGAAAUGGGAAUACAGGAAGUAGAAAGGCUGGAGGAAAAGCUACAAAAUCUACAGGCCGCAGUCGUGCGGCAAGACGUCGAAGAUGAUUGGUUCAUUCUUCUGAAUAAGAGCCCAUUGGCGCCCCCCGCUGCAAGUCCAGUUGAGUUUGAAGAAAAGCUAAAGCCUCAGGAGAUGAUGAGAGAAACAGAGAGAAGAAGAAUAGUAGUUGAGGAGAGAGGAGAACAGGAGCGAGAGGUGGUGGAGGAUGGAAGAGUGCAACCAACUGUAGUCGAGCAAAGAGUAACGCAACCACAGAGAGAGGAGGAGGAUGACUGGUUUAAACUUCUGGAAGUCUCUCCUAAAGAAACAGUUGCACGGAAAGGUUUAACAGAAUAUCCGGAUGUGAUCAGCUUCGUCUCCGUGGAAAAAACGACCAUGGUCAAAAAGAGAGUCGAGGAGAAGAUAAUAAGAGAGGAGGUCGACGACGGGGAGAAAGUGGAGGAGAGGAGACGACGGGAGGAACUGGAAAUUCAACUAUAUCCACAGGAGAUCAGAGAGGAGGCGACACUGGAGGAGAGGAGGACGGAGGAGAAGCGGGUGAGAGUGGUUGAGAGAAGAGAGGGAGAGGUUGAGGUGGACAGAGGAGUCCAGCAACCAGUCGCAGAGGAGCAGAGGGUACCACCACCUCAGAGAGAAGAGGAGGACGACUGGUCUCUACUGCUGGCUCUUCCUCCCAAAGAAACAGUGAUGCUGGAACCAGAGGUGUAUCCAGAGACCAGAGUCACAGUCAAAGAGAUUAUAAAAGAGACUGAAGAAGAGAGAGCAGAGGAGAGAGUGAGAAUAGAGGAAAAGAAGAUGGUGGAAGAGGGAGUGAGAGUGACCGUGACAGAAAAGAGAGUGAAAAUCAUAGAAAAUCCAGUUCAGAUUGAGGAGAAGAUCCCAGUGGGGCAGAGAGACAUUACUGAUGAUUGGUUUGUCCUUCUGAACCAAGUGCCAUUGGAAGACAGGACUGUCAAACCAGUGAUGCUGGAACCAGAGGUGUAUCCAGAGACCAGAGUCACAGUCAAAGAGAUUAUAAAAGGGGCUGAAGAAGAGAGAGCAGAGGAGAGAGUGAGAAUAGAGGAAAAGAAGAUGGUGGAAGAGGGAGUGAGAGUGACCGUGACGGAAAAGAGAGUGAAAAUCAUAGAAAAUCCCGUUCAGAUUGAGGAGAAGAUCCCAGUGGGCCAGAGAGACAUUACUGAUGAUUGGUUUGUCCUUCUGAACCAAGUGCCAUUGGAAGACAGGACUGUCAAACCAGUGAUGCUGGAACCAGAGGUGUAUCCAGAGACCAGAGUCACAGUCAAAGAGAUUAUAAAAGGGGCUGAAGAAGAGAGAGCAGAGGAGAGAGUGAGAAUAGAGGAAAAGAAGAUGGUGGAAGAGGGAGUGAGAGUGACCGUGACAGAAAAGAGAGUGAAAAUCAUAGAAAAUCCAGUUCAGAUUGAGGAGAAGAUCCUAGUGGGCCAGAGAGACAUUACUGAUGAUUGGUUUGUCCUUCUGAACCAAGUGCCAUUGGAAGACAGGACUGUCAAACCAGUGAUGCUGGAACCAGAGGUGUAUCCAGAGACCAGAGUCACAGUCAAAGAGAUUAUAAAAGAGACUGAAGAAGAGAGAGCAGAGGAGAGAGUGAGAAUAGAGGAAAAGAAGAUGGUGGAAGAGGGAGUGAGAGUGACCGUGACAGAAAAGAGAGUGAAAAUCAUAGAAAAUCCCGUUCAGAUUGAGGAGAAGAUCCCAGUGGGCCAGAGAGACAUUACUGAUGAUUGGUUUGUCCUUCUGAACCAAGUGCCAUUGGAAGACAGGACUGUCAAACCAGUGAUGCCGGAACCAGAGGUGUAUCCAGAGACCAGAGUCACAGUCAAAGAGAUUAUAAAAGAGACUGAAGAAGAGAGAGCAGAGGAGAGAGUGAGAAUAGAGGAAAAGAAGAUGGUGGAAGAGGGAGUGGGAGUGAGAGUGACCGUAACAGAAAAGAGAGUGAAAAUCAUAGAAAAUCCAGUUCAGAUUGAGGAGAAGAUCCCAGUGGGCCAGAGAGACAUUACUGAUGAUUGGUUUGUCCUUCUGAACCAAGUGCCAUUGGAAGACAGGACUGUCAAACCAGUGCCUCUACCAGAGCAAGUUCAGCUUUAUCCAGAAAAGAUCAGAGAGAAGAGGAGAGUGGAAGAGAGGAGAGAGGAGGAGAGGAGAGUGGAGGAGAGGAGAGUGGAGGAGAGGAGAGUGGAGGAGAGGAGAGAGGAGGAGAGGAGAGAGGAGGAGAGGAGGGUGAAAGGGGUUGAGAGAAGAGCAGAAGUCAUCAUAGUAGAAAGAAGAAUACAACAACCAAUUGAAGUGAAACAGAAAGUAAUACAGCAAAAGAGAGAAGAGGAAGAUGACUGGUUUGUGUUGUUUGACGUUUCUCCUAAAGAAACAGUUCGUCUCCCUGCUCCUGUCAUAUCUCCAGUGGCGGUGCCUCAGGUCCGCCCACCACCCCCAACCGACCAACCACUGACCUCCACACCCACCGCCCGCCCCGUCCCCCUCACUAAACCCACCUAUGAGGAGAAGAGGAAGGAAAUCAAGGUUGAAGUCAAGGUUGAACCCAAGGUUAAAGAAGAAGAAACAGUGAUAAUAAAAAAGAGGAAAACACAGAGGAUUGAGGGAGAAACCAUUUAUAUCAGACACAGCAUUUUAAUGUUGGAGGACUUUGACGUGACACAGGAGGUGAUAUUAAAGCAUCAUGCCAGUAUCAGCGAGCUGAAGAAACGUUUCAUGGAGGCUGUGCCUGAACCGGAGCCCAGCGAAUGGGACAAGCAUCUGUCCAUCUGCAGCCCCGGCCGUCGACUGCUCCACCCUCGCACCAACGGAGAUCUUUUCCACCUGGACUCGAUGGGAGAUCACUCGAUAUUAGCAGUGUGAGAGAGAUGACCCGCCGUCUCACUCCAGGGUCUCCGUCACUACGGCUCCCUACACCGUUUCUAUUAAUGUUUUA